AAAAGUAUGCGAAAUCUUUUAAAUUGCUAGAUUAAAUGUUAAGUAGUAUAAAGUAUUGUCAGCUGCCUGAAAAAAUCACUUUGUUUGUCUCAAGUUAUCAUUUUUUAACAUUUUAGUUGUUUCUAAUAUUAUCAAUUAAAGAUAGAAAUGACAGGUUUUAAACACAGUAUUUGCAGUUGCUGUAAUGAUAUCGGCCUUACUUUGAUUGCAUGUUGUGCACCAUCUAUAAUUGCUGGUAAAAAUGCUGAACAUGUAGGAGACAACUGUCUCAUUUACGGAUGUAUAGCAGGAACAGUACUUGGAGUGUAUCUACGAGCAAUGACGAGGGAAAAGAUAAGAAAGAAGUACUUAAUACAGGGAUCUCUUUGUAAAGACAUAUUGUGUCACAUGUUUUGCUGUCAUUGUUCUUUAAUUCAAGAGGCGCUGUUAAUAAGAUCAUAUGAAAAAGUGAAUGCUAGUGUCGAACUUACAAGUAUGAAUAUUAUUCGAAGUUAAAUAAACGUUACUUCUAAGCAUCAGUUACAUUUAACUAUUAAGUUUCUAAUGUAAACACUUUUAGAGAAUAAAAAAGAAUUUAUAGAA